GUCCUUGUAGGGCGAUUGGUGCCAAUAUUCGCUAACAAUAAAAAGAAAAGGCUAAAGCAAGCAUUGUACGCAAACCCAUCAACAGACGACUUCGAUAACACCUCAACCAAUCCGGCUUGUGAUGAGUUCAGUCACUCUGGAAGUGAAUACUUUGAAGGUUGUCUUCAGAAACCAAGUUUACCUCCAAAUAAAAGAACGACUUCUCUUACAAAUGAGGGAUGGUACAACAGCGCAGUGCCACAACAGUACAGUGCCAACUCCUCAACUCAUCAAAGAAGCCAAGCGGUAAAUGGCCGAGGCGAAUUGCAAAGUCACAUGCCAGCGCAACAAGAAUAUCAGCUUCCACCACCACGAGCUAACAGUAAGCUUAAUUUGAAGGUCAACGGGCCCAGGUAUGUUUUUCAACUUUGUCUCGAUACGUUUUCUGUCUUACCAAGAGAAAUAUAAUCUAGUUAUCUUUCUGAAAAAUAAUUUGGUUUUAGACAAAACGGAUAACAAAAAUAUGUCAAAAAACAAGCAACUUGUCUUGCAACAUUGUUGCGAAACGACUUGUUUUGCCAUAUUGCCGCAAAAAAAGUUGAAAAGCGAUGGUGCGCGUUUUACCAACCACAUCAAACCUAUCUUGCAAAAAAUUAGGUUUGUUAACAGGUUUGAACGUGAGUGGUCAAACGCGCACCAUCGCUUUUCAACUUUUUUUGCAGCAAUAUGGCAAAACAAGUUGCUCGUUUUUGUCUCCUGUUUCACUGACGCUUAAGUUUUCAUUACUUUUAUACAAAUAUAAAAUUGUUGUUGUUUUUGUUGUUUUCUAUCAGACCCUCUCAUUACGAUGCUGGAAGAAGUACGGUUAUUAGAAAUCCCAUGAUAAAAACAGAACAAGACAAUACAGGUGAAAACAGGCGUGGAGGUGGUGCAUUGUCCUCAGAAACAUUUGAGAAGGAUCAGAACCAACCCAUAAAGGUAAUUCACAAAUUUAUAUAUUAUUAUCCCUGCAAAGAAUGAAGUCUACUUCACUGGACAGCAAGGUAACCCUUUGGAAAAUCUCUUUUUACCGCCUUACCCUCUCAUCUCCUACCCAUCGUCCGGAAAAAAAAGCCAUCCAAUGUUGUGCAUUUGGAAUGUUCUGCUGUUUUUAAUUAUUUUAUAGUGGACCUGAGUCCCCAGUUGUUCAAAAGGUGGAUAAGGCUAUCCACUGGAUAGCACAAUAUUGGUUUCCCUAACACUUAUCCUCUGGUUAGUGAUUUGUCCGGUGGAUAGAUAGUGCUAUCUAACGUUUGAACAACCUGGGCCUGAAGUGUUAAGUUACUUGCUACCCCUAAAUAAUUAUUGGUACAUCCCGUAUUAUUGUCCUAGGUAAACAGAAGUCAGCCCCGUAGCAGAUCCAGGAUCCAGGGUGGAUGAAAGGGAGAGGGAAUCUGGACAAGAGGAUUUUUAUUAUUAUCAGUAACAUUUUAAAAUAACUAGUUCUUCAGUUUCAACAUGGAAUUUUAACCACCUGGGCCCAGUUGUUUGAAGGCCAAUAAGUGCAUUUUUUCUUAUAAUUAGACCAUUCCAUCAUCAAAUUGUAGCUAAAACGAACUAACCUAAAUUUGCUAUAAAUUUUUGAGCUUUCACUCUGUAGUUAAAUCUCGCACUAACCCUGGAUUAUCUUAACCCGGCUUUGAACAAACCGACCUAGGGGAUCCCAUGGCUAGGGUCUAUAAAAUGAACUCUCUGCCUUAAAAAUUCUUGGAUCUGCCCCUGGUAUUCAAAACGUUUCAGUCUAGAUGAAAACCUAAGGAUCCAACGCAUUUGGUUUUCUCAGUGGGGAAGGACCAGCUCUAAAUAAAGGUAAUAUGGCUAGAUCUACUUAUUUUCCUCAUUUGAAUAAAUAGGAAAGGUCAACCAAGCAAGUGAACCUCAUGGCCACUCCAGUGGAAAAGACUCUUAGAGUCAUAACAGCCAGUAUUCAGAAUAUUGUAGACUGGAAAACAUUUGAUGACAAGAUUGCUGUAAUUUAUGAAAUAUUUGGUAAGCAGAUACAAGGUGUUCUCAUAGGGCGUAUGCAAAAGCCGGAAUCCGGAAUCCGGACGGAAACGGAGCCGGAACCGGAACCGGAACAUAAAUUGAGACCGGGUUAAACUGGGAAGCACUGAAACCAGGGGUGCUUACCAUUUUACAGAAAAAUCCGGUUGGGGUGUCGAAAGCAAAAUGGUAAGCGAUUUAGCAGUUUACUGCGGAAAUACCACAUCCGUUACAGGUUGAAUCCAAAAAAAGGGAGAAUUUGUGUUGCAUGAGUCUCGAACCGAGAAAUUGGUUAAUGGUAAGCAACAUUCCGUUUGGUUCGUACCAACCGGAAUGAAUGGACUACCUCAAAACGUACUCCUCAGAAUCAGCCCAUGCUGUUCCGCCGCAGACUCGAGCAUAAAUUCAAGGCACAACAACUUCACAUUUUCAUACUUACCAGGGGCGGAUCCAGGAUUUUUUUAGGAGGGGCGCAGUCGUCUCUUGCUCUACCUCAACACCAAUAAACCACAUAGUUUUUUUUUUUUGUAGAAUACCAGUUGUAUUAGAAAACCGCAGGUCAUCUCAGGGAGGGGGGGCACACCCCUUGCACCCUCCCCCCAGAUCCGCCCCUGCGUACUUCCAUUGCAAUCGAUUCGUCACUUUGUCACGAUCUGUAAACGAAAACAGAUAUGUUUUUGCCAAAUUGUAACAUUUUUUCAAACUCAGUAAAGCGGAAAACAAUGAAAACUUUUAUAAUUAUUCUUACUCGCACCUUUUCUUAAAAAGGAUCCGUGUUUCAUCCACUGUGAGGGAAAGGCAGCAAAGGGAGGAGGAGUACUCAUGUUAAUCAUGAUCCCUAGUUGCAAUGCUCAUGCGUAUAUGAAAUUCUCGAAGAAACAUUUUGCAUCGUACGCAAAAAAUAUGACAGUAAAAAAUAUAAUAACAAUAAAUAAAUAUAAUGUGGGGAUGAAAAGUCUUGAUCGUGCAACAAUUGUUAGUGACACUCUCAAGACAGAAACAUCUACAGUUUUUAUUUCUUAGGUUCGCAUUCCGGUUCUGGUUCCGCUUUCCGGCUCCGCUUCCGGUUCCGGAUUCCUGCUUUUCCAUAUGCCCGUUCUCAUACAAAUGAGGGUUCAAGCUGUAAUGCUUAAAGCGCCAGUGCUACUUGCAGAAAAUCUCUGUCAAGUUCAUACAAAAUGUAAUUGUAGUUAAGACAUGGCAUUGACACAAUCUGUUUUUAAUACUGCUUCUUUAUACCAUCAUGUCCAAAGGGAAUGGUUUUAUUCCUCUUAGGAACACUGGACUCACAAGUGUCAUUAAAUUCUACUGGCAAUGCAAAGAAUUUUGUCAUAAAAGACAAAACAGGAACUCUGAGGUAUCUUACAAUUUCCAAAAACUACCGUUAUUUUUACCAAAAAAAUUUAAAAUUAACAGAGUCACUUUUUCUUUUCUUUUAGGUGUACGUUUUGGGAAAUGGUGAGAUAAUCCUUUCACAAAUGUAAAUUUUACUUUUAUUAUGUUUCAUCUAAGCCAUUUAUCUUCUUUACGAUCAAGGACCGUCAACUUCCAAGGUUAACAAGAGGACAAAUGCACAGGUGCAAUAAAUUUUAUUAUCAUUUGUUGCAAAUUUUUCUUCCUUUUCAUUGGCCAAGAGCCCACCACGUGACCUGCCAAUAACUGCCUACAAAUAAUGGUCUGCUCAUGCACAAUGCAAUUUCAAAUAAUAUUCUGGUCAUGCAUGAAUGAAAUCACGCUUUUCUCCUUCUUGCAAUCACUCUUGAGUGAAAAUGGCAGAUUGCUUCACUGUCUUCUCGUAGAUAUUCAUUAAAAAAAAACAAACUAGGUAAUUGCACAAUAAAACAAUUAUUGAACUCGGUUAGCGCAAAUAUCGUGAUUUCUCAGUGUCUCACAGAUCGACCUUCGGCUUCGACAAACAAUAUCACUGAAAAAUCAUGAUAUUUUGCUCAACCUCUUCCACUAAUUGUUAAUUAUUAUGUCUGAAAGGAGGGGUAGAACAGGGUUUAAAGCCACUAACCACCAAAGCCGUUUAGUGACAUUAUCACUAUCUACCAAAUUUUAGUGGCUCGACUGUCAUUUGAUAUUCAGCAGAUCAAAUCCUUGCAUGGAAUUCAAAAUUUUGACAUCCCAAACAGGAAAAUGAACUUAUCCAGUUCUUGCCUAUAGUCAUUUAUUUCAGUUAGAGUCAUUUCGUGGUUUCAGCAGCGUAAACCUCGGCAAUAGAGUUUUGUGAUAUUAACAAGCUUGUGUCAAGCCAGCAAUAAUUUUUGAUCUUCCUGUCAUUUCCACUGUCUAGUGUAAUGAUUUUAUAAGUUUUUCUUCCUUUGCAUUCAACCUUUGUUAAUAAACAAAUGGCCUUUUUGCAUUCAACCUUUUGUUAAUUUAAACAAAUUUUGGCCUCCCGGCAAUUUUUGUGAUAUUAACAAGCUUGUGUCAAGCCAGCAAUAAUUUUUGAUCUUCCUGUCAUUUCCACUGUCUAGUGUAAUGAUUUUAUAAGUUUUUCUUCCUUUGCAUUCAACCUUUGUUAAUAAACAAAUGGCCUCUUUUGAAUUUACGCAAAUUAGAGUAAGUGUUCAAUGGUAUACGUUCUUGCAUUGAGCAGCAUGAGUUCUAGCACAAGUUACAAGUGAACCAAUUCUGUACCCUGCAGACCUUAUCCUCUUUUUUAUUUCUUUGUUUACUUGUUGAAAAUAAUGUUUUACGUUUUGAAUGAAUAAGGGGAGUAGUGACAUCACUGGACAGAAUAUUUAGUGGCCAGCAAGUACAGAUGUCCCCCUUGGGAGUUUGUGACUGAAGGUUCCUGCAAAGGAAAGCUCUGAAUUUUCUUCUGCAGCAUACAGUUAAAUCAAUGAAACUCCUCACUGCUUCAGUGAAAAUUUUAAUUAAGUCACUUGUAAAUGCUUUAUGAAGACCAUUUUUAUGCUUGUAAGGUGCGUGGGAUCACUGGACAGAAGAAAUGGACAUUUCUAUUGUGUAUCAGUCAGGCCUGUCAAGCACACAGAACUUCAGACCAUUGCACCAUUCAUAGAAGUGUCACAAGCAGCCAUACAAGAACAACUUGUAAACUUGAAAGAAGACUGA